CCAACUUGUUUCCUGAGUCCUACGCAGUCGCAAGGCCCAAUGGCAAUGGUGAAUGCCACAGCAUGCCAUCAGGCCGCAUUAUGAUGAGCGAAAGCAUUCUGCUCAGCCUCCCGACAGGCACCAAUGGGAAUUGCACCCACAAUCCGGCGAUAGCUGUCCCAGGUUGGUGGUGCUGGCCAGAGCUGUGGGUACCGGAGGGAUAAAGUGUUCUGUCGGAUAUGCCAUUUGAUGGCACCCACCACCUCCAUUCAGGAGCCCGAGCAUCUGGGAUUUCGCUCAAGAGCACCCGAGUGACUCGCCCAAUUCCCAAGGUGUCCCAUCUUCUCUCAGUCGACCUUCAAGGACGGUAGCCCAAGCAACAGACAGAAAUAUCUCUUACCUGCAUCGCCGACAUGUGGAAACCGGACAUAAACUUCAUCACCCUACAUUACGCAUGGAUCAUCUUUGUCGGCCUGCUGGCCUUGAUAGUCAUCUACCCCUACGGCAAUGUCUCGGCCAUCGAUGCCUGGUUCUUCGGUGCCAGUGCCUCGACCGAGUCCGGUCUUAACACCGUCGACGUGAAAGACCUCAAGACUUACCAACAGGUGUACAUUUACAUCAUUCCCAUCAUCACCAACCUCGGCUUCAUCAACAUCAUCGUGGUUGUUGUCCGCCUGAUGUACUUUGAGAAGCGGUUCAAGACGGCUGCAGCAUCAUUGCCGGGGCCAGAGUCGGCACAGGAUAUCGAGGCGCAGAGUAUAUCAGCAGACCGGGAGCCAGACACUAGACAGAAAAUGUGUGAGCCAAACCCAGCCUCCGAUGUGGCCGAGAAACCCGAUCCCGUGCCUUCGGUUCACGUCACUUUCGGUGAAGACGUGAAAGAGCCGCGGAGCGGAUCGACGCUAUACAUCCCGCCGCCGAGGGAGCGUGACCAAGGGCAAUCCUUCGUCGAAAAGAAGGGCAACGCCAAAGAUGAUGAACACGACGAUGAGGACGACGACGACGCCAUCAAGCCGGUGCCGGCAGGCCCCAGCGGCCUGACCAGGAGAAGGGGAUACCAUCACAACCAUGAGGCCGGCCCCAGCAUCUCGCAUAGCAAAUCCAUCGAGCACGUAGCCGCUUCUCUCUUCGUCCUCGGCAAGACCAGGCCACCGUCCCCACGGCGCUCGCACUCCACGUCGCGUGUUGGGGCCGACCUGCCCUACCUGUCGCAGCAGGUCACCAUCGGGCGCAAUUCCAACUUCAAAGGGCUUACUGCCAGGGACCGCGAGCGGCUCGGCGGCAUCGAGUACCGCGCCCUGAAGCUGCUGCUCAAGAUUGCUUCUGGUUACUUCUUCGGGCUGCACCUGUUUGGCCUGAUAUGCCUGCUGCCGUGGAUUCACCGCGCGCCGGCGAAGUACACCGACUGGCUUGCAGAGCAACGGCAGGAUAAGACCUGGUGGGCGUUCUACUCAGCUCAGACGAUGGUCAACAACCUGGGCUUCACGCUCACCGCCGACUCGAUGAUCACCUUCCGGGACGCCACCUGGCCCAUGCUGGUCAUGACCUUCCUGGCCUACGCGGGCGAGACCUUCUACCCGGUCGUGUUGCGCCUCAUCAUCUGGACCAUGUUCAAGCUCGCGCCCAAGCAAUCCUCGGUGAAGGAAACGCUGCGCUUCUUGCUCGACCACCCGCGGCGCUGCUACAUGCUGCUCUUCCCGAGCCACCCCACCUGGAUUCUGUUCGGUAUUCUGGUGGUCAUGAACUUGGUCGACGUCCUGCUGAUCAUCGUCCUCGACUUGGACAACCCGUCGGUCAACGACCUGCCGAUGGGCCCCCGCAUUCUCGCAGCGCUGUUCCAGGCGGCCUCGUCGCGGCACACGGGCACGGCGACGUUCAAUCUCUCAUUGGUCAACCCGGCCGUGCAGUUCAGUCUGCUGGUCAUGAUGUACAUCUCCGUGUUUCCGAUCGCUGUCAGCAUCCGCUCGUCAAAUACCUACGAGGAGAGGGCGCUGGGCGUGUACGACGACGAUCAGACGCUGGACGAGUCGAACGGCAAGUCGUACGUGCUCCAGCACGUUCGGAACCAACUCAGUUUCGACUUAUGGUACAUCUUUCUCGGGACUUUCUGCAUCUGCAUCGCCGAGGCGGAGAGGAUCGCCGACGUUAAAGACCCUGCAUUCACCGUCUUCUCAAUCAUAUUCGAGGUCGUCUCGGCGUACGCCAACGUCGGGCUCUCGCUCGGCCAUCCCAGCGUCAUGACCUCGCUCUGUGGGAAAUUUACGACGUUCAGCAAGGUCGUCAUCUGCGCCAUGAUGAUCCGGGGUCGCCACCGAGGUCUGCCGUAUGCCGUCGACCGGGCCGUCAUCCUGCCCGGCGAUAACCAAGGCCAGAGCCCGUCGAGCACGACUGCUGAAGACACUGCCGAGAACGGCCGGCCGUCCGACAUCCUUCGCUCGGAUGAACAGGUAGCGAGAUUGCAGCGGGCGAAGAGCGCGUAGAUGGACGGGGAGGCGCGAGGCCCAAGGGUAAUGAACAGGGGCAGGGCCUGUCGCGCCGCGGCUUUACCGUUCAUCUAACCUCGAGCGUCCGGUUCCAAUGGGAGAAGCUUUCAGGAUGAGGAGUAAAUCUGCUCUGCCGCCUAGCAGCAAACUUGUUGGCCGGUGGCGGUUGUCCAUUCCAAAGCUGAGGCUGGCUGUGGUCGGAAUGAGAGCCGCUAAUGCAACCUUUCCAGUUUGCCGAAGUAACGUUAGCCGUAGGAAAUAUAAUUGAAACAGAGUAACAGUGAGUAAUAAGCUGGCUGAAGUCAGCCCUUAAAGCUCCAACUGGGAAAGAAACAGCUCUCAAGUGACCAUUGGAUUCCGCAAUGCAGAGCUUCUCGGAUUGGAAACGAGUGGGCGCUCGGGGUCCUUCAGGG